AUGGCGGCGGCGGCGGCGGAGUGGGACAGCCGGAGCGAGGCGAGCCCCGCCGGAGACUGGCCUCCGGCGGCCGCCGCGUCCCCGGUAAAGGGGAAGGCGGCGCUGCCGGAGUCGGAUGCGGGCGCCUCGGUGUCGGGCUCGUCGGAGGCCAAGGUCGACGACGGCAACAUCCAGGAAGCGGAGUCGUCGCUCCGCGAGGGCCUCUCCCUCAACUACGAGGAAGCUAGAGCUCUCCUCGGGAGACUGGAAUAUCAGAGAGGCAAUGUGGAAGCUGCUCAUGAGUAUUUGAUGGAAUUGACCUUCAAGCUGCUAUUCAGCGCUUCCAACCAUCUCUUUCUGAAAACCACUCUCGGUUUAAAUAACAAAUUACGGUCAGGUUCAUCAAAUUCAGGAUCACAGCAUGCUGCUAGCCUUGUUCUUGAAGCCAUUUACUUGAAAUCAAUGUCUCUCCAAAAGUUGGGCAAGGCAAUGGAGGCUGCUAAACAGUGUAAAAGUGUCCUUGAUGCUGUUGAAAAACUUUGGAAGCAAGUUGGGGCCUAUCAAGAAGCACUUGCUUCAUACCGCCGUGCUCUUCUAAGUCAAUGGAAUCUCGAUGAUGAAUGCUGCACAAGGAUUCAGAAGAGAUUUGCUGUUUUCUUGUUGUACGGUGGUGUAGAGGUGGCCCCCCCGAGCUUGGCUUCACAAACUGAAGGUUCAUUUGUUCCUAGGAAUAAUUUGGAAGAGGCAAUCCUAUUGCUCAUGAUACUAUUGAAGAAGUGGUUCCUUGGGAAGACACACUGGGAUCCAUCUGUUAUGGAGCAUUUAACUUUUGCAUUGUCACUAUGUGGCCAGACAUCUAUUCUUGCCAAGCACCUCGAAGAGGUUUUACCUGGAAUAUACCCUCGAACUGAGAGAUGGUAUAGUCUAGCGUUGUGCUAUUUUGCAGCUUCUCAUAAUGAAGCUGCAUUAAACUUGUUGAGAAAAUCUUUGAAUAAGAACGAGAGUCCGAAUGACAUAAUGGCCCUUCUGUUAGCUGCCAAGAUAUGCAGUUCCAGUUAUCUUCUUUCUUCUGAGGGUGUAGAGUAUGCAAAGAGAGCAGUCAAAGACGCUGAAUCAUCAGAUGGCCAUUUAAAGAGUGUGGCCCUCCAUGUUCUGGGGAGUUGCCUGUCCAAGAAGUCUAAGGUUGCUUCAUCUGAUCACCAAAGAUCUCUCUUGCAGACUGAGGCUUUGAAGUCACUUAAUGAGGCAAUUUCUCUUGACCAUCACAACCCAGAAUUAAUAUUUGACAUGGGGAUUGAGUAUGCUGAGCAGCGGAACAUGCAUGCUGCCUUGAAAUGUGCGAAGGAGUUCAUUGAUGCAACUGGUGGAUCUGUCUCUAAAGGUUGGAGGUUGCUAUCGUUGGUUCUUUCUGCACAACAAAGGUAUUCGGAAGCUGAAGUUGUGACUGAUGCGGCAUUAGAUGAGACCGCGAAGUGGGAACAAGGGCCAUUGCUUAGAAUAAGGGCUAAAUUGAAGGUUGCUCAAUCAUUGCCCAUGGAAGCAGUUGAAGCAUAUCGCACCCUUCUUGCUCUUGUUCAGGCACAACGAAAGGCUUAUGGAUCUGCCAAAAAUGGCACAGAGGAUGACGAGGAUAAAGUGAGCGAAUUUGAAGUUUGGCAAGGUCUUGCCAACUUGUACUCUAGUCUUUCCUAUUGGAGAGAUGCAGAGAUUUGCUUACAGAAGGCUAAAGCCCUCAAAACAUACUCUGCAACAACCCUUCAUGCAGAAGGUAACAUACAUGAGGUGCACGAGAAGACACAGGAUGCGCUGGCUGCAUACUUCAACGCCCUCUCUAUGGAGGUAGAGCAUGUCCCAUCCAAGGUCUCUAUCGGUGCCCUCCUCUGUAAACAAGGGCCCAAGUUCCUACCUGUGGCGAGGUGUUUCCUCUCAGAUGCCCUAAGGCUCGAACCCACAAACCGAAUGGCUUGGUUCUACCUGGGGGAGGUUCACAAGCAGGACGGCAGGCUAGCUGAUGCCGCGGAUUGCUUCCAGGCGGCCUCAAUGCUUGAGGACUCGGACCCUGUAGAAAGUUUCAGAUCACUCUGA